AUGAUAAGUAUUAAUAUUCAGAUUCUUCUAAUGACUCUGUUUUGGAAUUUUGAUUGUCAGAUUAUUCCCAGGAUUGAAGAAUGUGGACUUCUAUGUUCUCAGGGGAUUCAUUGUAAAAGCAAACCUUCCAGUGGCAUUUUCAACAGCUUCUGCCAUGAUGCUCCUGCAUCUUUAUCUUCUAUGGUACUGAAAAGCAUGAAGAUCUCAACAGUGAUGAAAUGUGUCCAAGGAAGCCCAUGCUCUCUCCAUUUAAACAUUAAAGGAACUCUGAGUCUGGAUGAAAAUAUCUGUGGGCUGGAAAUAUGUUCUCUUUCCCUGGACACUCAGCAGUCUCAGUGCACAAAUGUGAGAUUUGCUAGGAAAAAAACCAAGAUGCCUAAUGGAAAGAAGGUACAGGUACAAUUCAAUUGCAUUGAAGUCGACGUAGCACAACACAUCUAUGUGACCAUGAAAACAAUACCAAAUUACUGUGAAGUCAAGCUGAGUCAGGAAUACUAUGUUGAAGAUUGCAGAAACAGUGAUGUGGGAAAAUAUAUUCCAGCUUGUUCGGCUGGAAAAUUUGAUUAUAAUGUAGACAGGGCAAGGAAAAUAAUAUCAGUGAAUGUAUCCAACUUUCUUCAAGAUCAAGAUUAUUAUGUUCGCCUGUGCCACAAAUGGUUUACCUGUGAAGACACAGGCACAGUUGCUGUGAUAAAAGGGAAGGAAUCUUUAAAAUCUGUUUCUUUGAAAUAUUCUCAGCUACUACCUUGUCUUUGCAUUGAGGGUUGGGUGGCAAUUCCAGAUGCAAGAAGGAUACAACUUUGCCCAUUUGAAAAUGAUACGAAGGUGCUAUGGGAUAAUAUUGUUUAUAACCCAGCGACACAAACUCUAGCGUGGGAGCCAGCCUGUCCUGUGCUUGUCAUGGUUAACCUAUGCAGGCUAAUGAAGUCUAACGACCACUGUGAAGAUAUACAAAACUCUUCCAAAAAUUCUCCUGAGAAAGUUAAAUAUUCUCGUGUGGACACUCACCCAAGACUUUGCAUGAAGUUUACAACAAAGCAAGGGUCUUGGGUUAAAUGUCCAUUUGCUAAUGGAGAAUUUCCAGCUUGGAAAAUGAGAACUGCUGCAGUUGGAGAACAAAUAGAAGUUUUCUUCACAUCCCAAACCAAGGCACAGUUCUCAGUGCUGGUGUGUAACAGGACGCAGCUGGCCUCGUGUGAAUCUGUUGGGAUGAACCAUUCAGUCUCUGUGGGCUGGAGGACAGAUGUAGAUUAUUCAGUUCCACUACAGAUCUGUGAUAUCCACUGUGGUUUCCGUGGUCAGACAUACAGUGAUGGAAGCCCAGCGAAGGCCAUGACACACAGAAUGAAGAGUGUGCAUUCCUUGCAUUGA